AUGACUGACGUAGAUGUGCAAGUUCUGCAAGAUGAGAUCAAAGCAAUGGGGGAUGAGAUUAGGUCUUUGAAAGCAGAGAAAGCUGAUGCCGCAUUGAUAAAAGAAAAAAUAGCAGCUAUGCUUGAAAAGAAGAAAUUGCUUGGUGAUGGUCAGUCUGAUCAAGGAAAGUACGUCUUGAAGACUGCUAAGGGAACUCGGGACUAUGGGCCAAAAUCAAUGGCUGUUCGAGAGUCUGUGCUGAAGAUCGUCACCGAUGCGUUCAAGAGGCACGGAGCGGAGACCAUUGAUACUCCGGUUUUCGAACUGAGAGAUGUACUCAUGGGUAAAUACGGCGAGGAAGGUGGUAAGCUUGUUUAUGACCUUCAAGAUCAAGGAGGUGAACUGCUGUCAUUGCGAUAUGAUUUAACGGUACCAUUCGCUCGAUAUCUUGCAAUGAAUAAGAUAUCGAACAUAAAGAGGUAUCAUAUCGCAAAAGUCUACCGCCGAGAUCAGCCAGUGAUGACAAGAGGACGUUACAGAGAGUUCUAUCAGUGUGAUUUCGAUAUUGCCGGGCAGUAUGAUCUGAUGAUCCCUGAAGCGGAAUGUUUGAAAAUAGUAGAUGAGGUCCUGUCGAAGCUGGAGAUUGGAGACUUCAUUAUCAAGUUGAAUCACCGUUUCCUUCUGGAAGGUAUGUUUGCCGCUUGUGGAGCUGGCGCUGACCAGUUCAAAACAGUUUGUUCAUCUGUGGAUAAGCUUGAUAAGCAGCCAUGGGUUGAGGUUGAGGAAGAACUCAUAAAAGAGAAAGGUUUGACGAAGGAGAACACUGAGAAACUGGGUCAAUUCGUCCGGCUUAGAGAGUUCAAUCCUUCCAUGGGUAAUGUUGAGCUUCUGGACAAACUAAUGGAAUUUGAAGAACUUGCGAAAAAUCCCCGUUUCAAGAAAGGUAUCGAAGAAUUGAAAGUUCUGGUGAAUUAUUGCUCACUUUUUGGAGUUAGUACGGUUCGAUUUGACCCAUCGUUGGCGCGAGGAUUAGAUUACUACACUGGAGCUAUCUACGAGGCUGUUGUUCCGAAGGCGUUAGAAGGAGUUAAUUUUGAAACGAAUGGUGAAGAGCAGAAGGGUCUGCCAGUCGGUGUGGGCUCCGUUGCCGCCGGAGGAAGGUAUGACGAGUUGGUUGGAAACUUCAUGGCACCCAGUGGAACAAAGGGAAAAGAAAAACGUCAAGAUGUGCCUUGUGUCGGUGUUUCGUUCGGUAUCGAACGAUUAUUCGCCAUUAUGGAAGCGAAAAUGCAGAUUGAACAACUGCCAGUGCGAACCACUGAGACCGAAAUUUUCAUAGCGUCUGCUCAAAAGAAUCUACUGCAGGAGCGUAUGAAGCUUUGUAAGACCUUGUGGGACGAAGGAUUCAAGGUUGAGUUUGCGUACAAAGCGAACCCCAAAUUGCUCACACAACUACAGUACUGUGAAGGAUCGGCUGAUCCCACUCGUGUUAAUAGUGGGAGAACGCGAGCUUCAAGAAGGCGUAGUGAAGCUACGAAAUGUCAAGACAAGAGCGGAGCAGGACAGACAAAGAUGUCUAUGUCAAAGUCGUCCUACACGCAGUACAACAGAAAGAACUGGGAAGACGCGGAUUUUCCUAUAUUGUGUCAAACAUGUCUUGGAAGCAAUCCAUAUUUGAGAAUG